AUGACAGAAGAAUGUCAAUUAUUUAAUGAAGAAAGUAAUAAUCUUUACAAUAAUGAAUUUAAACCUAUAGAAAGGGAAGAAAAAGACUUUUAUUUUACUUCAACUACAAUUCAAUUAACAAACAACGAAAAACUAACAACAAUUCCUUUAAUUAUUUCAUCAGAACCUUCCAUCCCUGCUAAACCUAUUUUUGUACAUAAAAUUGAUGGUGAUUCCACACUUUCUCCUUUAACAACAUUAAAAGGGAAAUUGGCAACUGUUGGGGAUUCUCUUUUAGAGAAGGAAUUGAAAGGAAAUGAAACAGAAAAUAUAUAUUCUUUAGCUUCUACAAGUAUUUUACCCCCUUUAGAAGAAUCCCCUUUAAAUAAUCUUCGAACAGUACAACCACACAGAUUUAGUACAAGACAACAAUCGGGAUCUCUUAAAAUUGCUGGCCUUUCCGGAGGAGGUGUUGGAACAAGAAUUGGACAAAACAAUGGACGCAAAAUUAACGGAUCAAUGUCUGGAAUUCAAAGAGAAAGUAAAAACGGAGAUAUGGCUAGCCAAGCAAGUGCAACAACUAUGGCUGAAAUGGCAUGUCGACUUAGAUCAACAAAACCUAUUUGGGCUCUGAUAUGUGAUAUGGCAAAAACUGUAUAUCGUUCAACUAUGAUAAAUGCUUAG